UAAAAAUUUAGAAACUACUUCAGAAUUAGAAAACUUUACUACAAGUACUAAUCAGCAAGUUAAUCCAAUCGAAUCUACUACUGUGAAUACAUCUAUAUCUAUGGAAUAUACUCCAAUUGAACCUACCACUAUAAAUACAUUUACAUCUAUAGAAAAUACUUUACUUGAACCUACUACUGUAAAUAUAUCUAUGGAAUAUACUUUAAUUGAAUCUACUACAAAUACAUCUAUAAAAUCUACUUCUAUACCUUCUAUAUUAAUCACCAAUCUCAUAAUUUUACUAUAUCUACAAUAG